AUUUCUUUGAUAGUAGACCCGUCUUCGAGGACUCGUCCGCAAAAGUUCAGCUCUGCGCCAUGUCUGAUCCAGUCAGUGCGAUGUUCACAGCGGUGAAAGACCUGCCAGAAUUCAAAGGAUGGCUCAUAUCUACGCUGGAACCAAUGUGUGAUGCGGACCCCGUCGUCAUGUCGGACUACAUUGUUGCAUUAUUGGAGCAUGAUGCAGUCAUGUCGGAAGCUCAGUGGAAGGAGUUCAUCACUCGAGAGUUGCUCGAUUUUCUCGAAGACCAAUCGAAAAGCUUCGUUGAUCUACUCAUUGACACGAUCAAAUCGAGAUCCUUCGUGCCUUCGGCUCCAGCCGAGUCUGUCGACAUUCCGGGAACGGAAACAGCCCCGGCUCUUGCGCCGUCCCUAGUGUCUUCUUAUCGGCCUGGUCCAGCACUUGAAGCUCCAACGGGACCAUCUCAGAACGCUGCUGGACCUUCGACCACUCGACGACCGACAAAUGGCCAUGCGGACGAAGGGAUGGAUGUUGACAGGUCGACACAACCACGAAAGAGAUGUUUCGACUACCAUGAAAAAGGCUUCUGUAUGCGAGGUGCCAAUUGUCCAUAUGAGCACUCUGACGACAUGAUCAUACCUACGCCUGAGAUGAUGAUGGCUUCCAUGCCGUUCAUGCCGCCACAACAGAAUGGACGUGGGCGAGGCGGAGGCGGAGGACGUGGAGGCAGAGGACGGGGCGGAGGGAGAGGCGGACCACCGGGCAACAUGAUGCAGGGUCCUGGAUUCCCUUUCAUGGGUCUGCCGUUUGGGUUCCCGCCGGGCAUGAUGGCAGGCGGAGGAGGAGACGAUGCUCGCAAUAAUUUCUGGGGAAUCAAUAAACCUCCGAGCGAUCGUAAUGGAACGACACUGGUCAUCACUGAUAUCCCUAGACAAAGUCUAUCAGUACCAGUCAUACGAGAAUAUUUUGCUCAAUUUGGUCAAGUUACCAACGUCGCAAUGGAGAAACACUCGUCUCGCGCUUUGGUCAGUUUCGAGACCAACAAGGAAGCAUAUCAAGCUUGGAAAAGUGACGAAGCCGUCUUUGGGUCUAGACAUGUCAAAGUUCUAUGGCAUCGACCCAGACCUGGUCAAGGAGAAGCGGGUAAACAGGCGUUGGAGAAGUCCGCCGAGGUCGUUGCGAGGCUCAAAGCAAUGGAGGCCAACGCCGUCCCUCAAACCAAAAAGGCUAUCCUCUCGGGACCCGAAAGUCGACUAGCGGCGACCUUGGCGGAGCUUGAAGCUAAGGAGAGGAGAGGCAAGAAGGAGACCUUGAUUGCGGAACAGAAAGUCCUGCUGAAGAGAGCUCAGGAGGGAUCGAAAGAGGAAAAGGUUGCCAUUUUGGGACGUUUGAAGGAAAUCACCAAGGAAAUUGAAGUCUUGGAUAACCCUCCGAAAGAGGAUCCAGCUCUAGCGGAUGGUGAUGUUGAGAUGGGCGAGAAAGAUAAAUUAGUGGAAGAGCUGGCUAGGCACGGAAUGGAGACCAAAGCUCAAGGCGAUCAAGCUGAAUUGAUGAAGCUCAACGCUCAGCUCUCUGCUCUUCGCGACAAGGCCAGCACGCUCGGGAUUCCCGCCUCGACGGCAGCUCGAUAUUCACCUUACUCUCGAGGUAGUCCUCGUGGUGUCAGAGGAGGCCGAGGUCGAGGCCGUGGACGAGGAGCUCCCAUGCGACUUGACAACCGGACACGAGUGAUCCACCUAUCUGGAGAUGCGUUACAUUCGGGAGCCGACACGAUCAGAGAGUAUUUCGAAAGUACAGGUGGUGUCCUUGAGCCGGUCGAAGAUGGAGUCAAGGUCGGUUAUCCCAAUCGCGAAAUGGCAGAGAAAGUCCUCGCAGCUGGUACGAAAGCCAUUCCGAGCCUGAGUGGCACUCUAAACGCUACAUGGUAUACUUCUUCCAGCGGAGCCCAGAACGGGGCCGCCGAGGUGGAGAUGGUGGAAGAGUCACAAAGAGGAGAACGAGAAGACGAAGAUUAGUCAUGUACAAUAUGCCCGGUCGAAGCCGGAUGUAUGCAGAAGUAUGUAAAGAUG